AUGACCUAUCAAGGUGGUAAUGGAAUACAAAGCCACAAUAUAAAGAAAAAUCAUGAAUAUGUAAAAGUUAAUAAUCAUAAGGAGAAUAAUGCUAAAUGUAAGAGGGAGGAAAAUGGUGCAGCAAGAGAUAUUUACAACAAUUUUGAAAAUAAACUAAUUGAUAUCAAAUGUGAUAAUAGUUUGUCAAAACAAAGCAUUAGAAGAGAAGAUAAUAAAAAUAUAAAAACAUCAAAAACUGCCGAUAAUAACAAUCAAAUAUCAAAGUCUUCAAAAAGGAAGAAAAAUUUAGAUGUUGAAGAAAAAAACAAAAUUGAUAAUAUUGAAAAACCCAAAAUGAAGAUGAAAAGUAGUAAAAAAUCAAAAAAGAACAAAAAUUCCAACAAGAAAUCUAAAAACAAAGAAACAGCUAACUCUAUUUCAAAAGAUCCUACUAGUGAAGCAGAUAAAGUAAAAGAUGAUAAGAAAACAGCCGAUGUUGAAGUAUGCUUCGAUAUAAACGAAGACUACAACCGUGAAGAAAUUACUUUAGAAGCUCCUCAACUUUUUGGAGAUUCUGAAUGGGUUCAGCUAAACGCAGAUGAUGAUUCAAGUGAUGUAUAUAUUGCGCCAGUAAGUGAUGACUAUGUACCAGAUAUACGACCUGAAAUUCCAGAUGAAUAUUACCCAGAUUUCACGUCAGACAAGACAUAUUUAAGUAAAGAAGAAUAUGAAUACAACUUUCACGACAGACAUUACUACAAUUCUGAUAAUAAAGCAGAAAUGAGUAUUGAAAGCCGAAGAUACGAACACAUAGACGGAAGAAAUUCUAAACAUUUUGAUGACGUCACCGAUGACGUGAUAACUAGACAUGAUAAAAACAGUAAACAAAAUAAAAAUCAUAAAAGUAACAUACUUUCUUCAGAACUUGAAUUUCGUACUCCACCGCCACUUUUGUUUCCAGAUUUCAAAACUGAAAUGAUUAAUAGAGAUAGUUUUACUUCUAGAAGUGAAUAUCAUCAAGUAGAUAAUGACGAAAACUAUAGUGAUAGUAGACAUCACUAUAAGAUUCCAUUUUAUGACCUAAAAGAAUCUAAACCCCUAGAACUAGAUAAUAAAAAUCAAGUUGAAACUGUUUUCGCGCAUUCGAAAGUUAUAAAAUAUGGCAACACACCAAAUAAAGAAGAUAUAUCAUCGAUUGCUUCAAAAACAACAAGAAACGAUGACAAAAAUCUAUUUUCUACGGAUGGAAAGACAACAGUAAUUAUUGCUAGAUCUUUGGGUUAUCCAGGGGAAUACUAA